AUUUAAACCGUAAAUACUUAACACUGUUAUCUUCGGAAGCCGACUUUAACAGAUCUCCUCCUCGUUCCUCGCUCACUUCGGUGCCGUCUCCCAAAUCGUCUCCCAAAUCCUCUCCGCGGCCAGCUUCAAGUGUUCCAAUGGCGGAAUCGAAACCAGCAUUGAGGCAACCAGUUUUCACCAAGGUUGAUCAGCUUCGCCCUGGCACUAAUGGACAUACUCUUACCGUGAAGGUUGUUAACACAAAGAUGGUUAUGCAAAAGGGUCGUGCUGAUGGUCCUCGUGGACGCCAAAUGCGAAUUGCUGAAUGCUUGGUUGGAGAUGAAACUGGAAUGAUUAUCUUUACUGCCAGAAAUGAACAAGUGGACAUGAUGAAAGAGGGUUCCACUGUAAUCCUUCGCAAUGCUAAAAUUGACAUGUUUAAGGGAUCAAUGAGGCUUGCAGUGGACAAAUGGGGUCGUGUUGAGGAUGCAAAAGAACCUGCUAGCUUCACUGUGAAGGAAGAUAACAAUCUCUCACUGAUCGAGUUUGAGCUGGUGAAUGUUGUUGAAGAGUGACUUUCCUGGAGGCUGUUCACUUUCAUUCUACAUCGCACCCAAGAAUAAAUUAACCCUGGCAAAGAAUGUUACUGUUUUCCAUGCAACAUCUCAUAUAAAAAAUUCUCAUCAAAGUUCGCUUUUAGUAAGAAGAAUUCUGGAAGCUAGUCUACUACUCAUGUUUCUUCUUGCCUUGAAGACCCAGCAGGACCCUUUUGUUGGACUGCUAACAGAUGGUUAUGUCGAAUUGUUGAGUUGAAACAGCUAGCUUUCUAGACUUCCUUAUUUCUCUUUACUAGCUAUUUGCUUUUGGUUGAUAACCGUUUUUUCUGUAGCUAUUAGUUCAUACUGGACAAAUUUAAUAUUAAUUUAUGCCUUUAUGCUUAUGUAUAAUUUUGGUGGUUUCCAGUAUUCCAGACUGUUUAA